CAUGUCACACAUGUCUCCAGAUACAUAAAAACCUAAACCCCUGGCCCACCACCGCACCCGCACUCUACCUGCUUCAGCGAGACGCGUCCUCCACCAGCAUUAACAAUGGCCCUCCUCUCACGCCCCCGCAGUAACAUCUUGCGUCUAGCCCUGCUCUGCGCGGCCUUCUUCGCGGCCAUCGCAAUUGCCAGCGCCACAGAAAAGACGCCUGCAAGCCCUCCCUUGAGCUCACUGCUGGACCUCUCCAUCCCCGACCUCGACCACAAGCUGCAAGAAUGCCCCUUCGUCCAGGACCUCAAUGCGGCGCGUCACACCGCCGAGCUCGAAACCUCGUCGCUCAUGAAGCGCGUCUUCGCCGUCCUCUUCCCCGCGGGCCCAGCCGUGAACUCGCUUCUGGCCACCGCCUACAUCUCGGGGCCACCCAACUUCCUCCUCGCCCUCUGCCCCGCCGACAUCGACCCAUCGUCGCUCUCCGUGAUGGUCGCGUUCGCGGUGGGUGGGCUGCUGGGGGACACGCUGCUGCACCUGGUGCCACAGACGUUUAUGGGCGAGCCGCAUGACGGCGCCGCACACUUUGUGCUCAACGAUCCGAACAGGAAUGCCGUUCUGGGGCUGUUCAUAUUCAUCGGGUUUGCUACGUUCGUAGCCAUGGAUAAGACGCUCAGGAUCAUCACUGCCGGGAGCGGGGAGGGGGGGAGUGCAAGUGGGCAUGCGCAUAGUCACUCGCAUGGACAACAGGGAAAGGGAAAGGGAAAAGCGACGGGCGCGGAGAAGGCGGAUGCUGCGGCUGGGCUGGUGCAGCGGAAGAAGGGCGGGGUUACGCCGACUACUUCUGACGAGGAGGAGGAAUACGAGGAGGAAGACAGCAAAAAGGCCAUCUCGCCCUCCCUCAAAGUCUCGUCGCUCCUCAACCUGGUCUCGGACUUCACGCACAACAUAACGGACGGGCUCGCGAUGUCAGGCGCAUUCUACGCGGGGCCGCUGGUGGGCGCGACUACGUGCAUGGCCGUGAUGCUGCACGAGAUCCCGCACGAGGUCGGCGACUUUGCGCUGCUGAUCCAGGGCGGCUUCACCAAGUGGCAGGCGAUGAUGGCGCAGUUCGUUACUGCGCUCGGCGCCUUCACCGGCACGCUGAUCGGCAUUGCUAUCCAGGAGUAUAGCAAGAGUGGCGACGCUGAGAAGAUGGGCGUCAAGAUGGGCGAGGGUGUGUUGGGCACGGAUCUGCGCGCGGGUGAUCUGGUCCUCCCGUUCACCGCGGGCACGUUCCUUUAUGUCGGAUUCAGUGUCAUUCCGGAAUUGCUCGAGACCGGGAGCAAUAAGAGGGAGGAGGUUAUCAAGACUUUGAAGCAGGGAGCGGCGAUGGCUACUGGGUUUGCUUUGAUGUUCUUUAUCUCGGAUUAAGGUAAUGGACGGGACACCUAAAUGAGACAUAGAUGUAGAUGGACACAUAAUGUUUGGUUGGAAGUUGGUAACUGUAGAUGAAUAAAGGCAAUAAAAGCAGAACGCAAAACUCCAAUAGAUAUCGAAAGCAGACCAAUAAAGCAACGUGACAUCUUGCGAACCAGGGCAAAACAGAAACGCAACCCUUCCGUACACACCUCGCAUAUGCUACAUGGUAUCUCCUCCUCCUCCUCCCCCUCCUCCUCCUCCUGCCAUCACCUCCCCUCAAUCCUUAUGCGAUCCCCCCA